UACAACGUGUUGCUGUUUUGCAUCUCCAUUAAUUUUAAUUUAUUAUUAUUACUCUCACCAAUAAUUAUAGGAAUCGUUGAUCAAAGUUCAAUUUCAUUAUUCAAGCCUGGAACAUAGGGGAAAUAUAGAAAUCAAUAUCAUAGUUACUGUCUCAUUUUGCAAUUCAUAAGUUAACCAUCAAAACUAAUACCAUGAUGCACAGAUACACACUCAUAAUAAUUUGAGAAAAUAAGUUGAUUGAAUUUAUUGGCAUCGGACACCGAGACACUUUGAUCAGAAGUUAACACUCUCUAUUAUUUUAGUCCAAUGUAUAAAAAUGUCAGUUGUGAAUAUGUCCGCCACCAUGAGACUUCCAACAGCUUCCUCGUACAGAACAACAACCUCUAGGACGUCUUGUGCUCUUAUGAAGAGUCCAUCAACUUUGAGAUCUGUGAAGAAUGUGUCCAAAGUAUUUGGACUAAAAUCUUCCUCAUUUAGAGUGUCUGCAAUGGCAGUAUACAAAGUGAAACUGAUUGGACCAGACGGUACUGCGAACGAAUUCGAUGCCCCCGAUGAUUUUUACAUUCUGGAUUCAGCUGAAAAUGCUGGGGUGGAUCUACCUUACUCAUGCAGAGCUGGUGCAUGUUCUACUUGUGCCGGCCAAGUGGUUUCAGGUUCUGUGGAUCAGUCUGAUCAAUCCUUUCUCGAUGACCAGCAAAUUGAGAAGGGUUAUCUUCUCACAUGCGUCUCAUACCCGAAAUCAGACAUUGUGAUUUACACUCACAAGGAGGAAGAACUCUACUAAGUGAUAUGUGCUUAUUGUUAGCUUUUCUACGCUUGCUUUGACCAUGUGUUAUGUAGUUGGUUAUUGGGAAACUAUGUUGAUGUUUGUGUAACUUAAUGAAUCAUUUUAGAAAAUCAAGAGAGGAAACAAGUUACAGGACAUAAGUUUGUUUUCUAAAACUACUAUUAUUAUGUUAGCCUAGUUUGAAUGUAUUGCACUCUUUGAUGCAUUAGAUGAUUUCUUUGCAAUUUCGCAUAUUGUUGCCAGCUAAUAGUGAUAUUUGAUAUUUCUGCUGCUGUGGGAAUACAAGUUUGGUGUGUAAUUUGGUUUUCUUCUUCUAGAUGUUGUUGAAACUUAAAAGCAUUGGAUUCUAUUGAAGGGGGGUGCGUUAAGAUUGAUUUUGGUCCUACGAGACCAAGGUAA